UCAGAGUACACCCGCUGACGAUUUGUGAGUCUCCGAUACAAGCCGUUCUGUGUUUACAGACCGUGAGGACUUGAGAAGACUUGAUCUGAAGACAUGGCGGGGAAGAAGCACGUGGUAGAUUGUUUGGCAUUAUUCUAAUCCACUCUUUUGCAUUCCCAGUUUAUACUCCAUCAAGAAAUCAGCAUGGCUAAUGAAAGCAGACCCAAGCGGAGGAUCGUUCAUCGAUGUUUGGAAUAUAAUAAUGGUCUUCUGCAUGAGGAAGAGCUUGCUCUCAGAAGGGCCCUACAGGCUUCAAUCGCUACCUCCAAAGCCUCCUUUCCAACUCCUCUCAGUCUUUCACAGAAAAAUGCCAAGGCAGUCAAGCCGAUUGGCAGCAGCACUUCAACCCAAACUGAGCUAAAAUCCUCCAUGAAAAUUAGGAAGAAACGCAACACUUUGAUUCCUAUCAAGGAAAGUGACACAUCUUUACAGAAGAAAAGAAAAGUUCGGUCAUGUAGUCCUAGUAGUUCAAGAAGCCCUUCACCAAGACCCACUAGAAAACCUGAGCAUUCAUCAUCGUCUCCUGCAAAACUUGGUAAAGGAACCUCAAAACUAAGCCCAAGUAGUCCCAAAGUUUUAUCCAAAGUUUCUGACCAAGAUACUGUUAAGUCAAAGAGAUCAAAAUUUCAAAAAUUUACAAAGAAGAAAGGUUCUGGAAAGGACACACUUUUGAAGAAAAGUUUUAAAGUCCGCCAAGAAAGACUGAAGAGGAAGAUAUUGGAUGUGUGUGAUGGAAUGUCAACUAGCGAAAGUGGUACAGAGAGCACUGUAUCAAGCACAACAUCCAGCUUAAAAAUUUCAAAAAGAAAUAGAAAAAAGGUUCUCUCCCAUGGCCUGGCACAGAGAAAGUUUGCAAGCCCUCAACACUCAUCAUGGUCAAGCACACUUGAAGAUGAGGAUGAAUAUGAGAAUCCUGAUGCCACUCCGCUAAGAGCAAGAACAGAGGACUUCCUAACAUUUCUUUGCCUCAGGGGUGACCCAUCCAUGCCUAAAGAAUAUGAAGUGUUCACCCAGCCCUGGAACUUCAAGGCUUCACUCCCUGGCAAUGAAUCUGCAUUAUCAGCACCAUCCUCUCCCUCCCCGUGUGGAUCCCCCUUGUCACCAGAGUCGUGUUCUAUUGUGCAUUCAUCUCCUGAUUCUCAGUGCACCACACCCAACUCCAGCAUGAUUGCCGACGACUGUGAGAAUAGUCCAGAGCUUCAUGCGAUUAGGAUGUUUGCCGGGAUAACUAAUCACUUCUCUGCUAAGGAGAAGUCUGAUAGUGGACUUGUUGGGUCUCCUGAGUUUGACAAUGAAGAUGUUUCUACACCCAGUCCAUUACCAAGACCACACAUGAGCUCCUCACCAAGGCCAACUUGCAACACAACACCUAAAGGUGCCAACCAACUGCACCCUAUACCACUGCCACCCAUUCACAGGUCUGAAGCCUGCUGCUCGCCACCUCCUCUCCUGUACAUCCCAGCCACCGCCCAAAAGGUCACACACCUCCAUGGUCCACCAACACUCGAGAGGGCACCAGUCGAUGAGCCAAGUGUUGUCAUUGCUGAUGACAGAUCCCAAGAUAGUCCUCCCCAGUUGACUAAACAUUUACCAAGGACUGUUCAAGAUGGAACUCUUGGUAAUCUUAAUAUGCCAAUCAUUGUGCCAAGCUUUCGAGCCAGUUAUCAAUCAAGCAUGCAAUGUUCUUGCUACAACAAUAAUUUGCCUGCAAAAUGUAGCAUGCCUUGUAAAGACCCCCGAGUUAUUGACUUGUGUGGUGACAUAGCUGUACAACAAAGACUUCUUUCAAGACAAGAUCCAUGUCCUUUGCAUUCCCUUAGUGAUACCUCAGGAAUAAGUAUAAGGCAGCCCAUUGUUGAGUCUGAUCCCAGUCGUACAGCCUACCCACUGCUGCCAACCAAAGCCAAUCCAGUGAUUAGAGGCCUGACAUCUCAAUCAGUGUUUGAGCUCUAUAGCAAAGCUCCAGCUAAUACUGCUGUUUCAACUUUCUCGCCUCAUAGAGAAGGCAAAAUGAAGCUGAAUUCACCAAACAAAGGAGACGUCCCUGUCAUAGAUCUUUGUGACCCAAGUACUUCUGAACUGCCUCUUAAAAGCCAGGGAGCACCCAAAGGUUUAGAUCAAACAAGCUUCUACAGUGCUUGUAAAAGCCAAGUAGACUCAAUACCAACUGUAGGCAGUUCCCCAGUACGUAAGCUGAGAUCUGGCUCCCGCCAAGAAAUUAUGGUGCUAUCCCAGUGCAGCCCUUCCAAGGAUGGUCCUGAAACCUGUUCUGACAACCAUAGCAAAUUUGUUAGCCUGUCUCCACCUUGGACCCAUUUACAGGCAUCUUACCCCCAUAGUACACCACCUUUGCAAGUGUUCUCACCGACAUUGACAUCAUCUGCAAUAGGUACCACAUCAACCGGCUAUCCGUCAAAUUAUUUGCAGUCACAAACAACGACACUUGCCAGGCAUGAUGGUCCUAUGAUUGCCAUGGAAACUGAACAAAGUAUUCAAGGAAGAACUCCAGACUUUUCAGGACUGAGAUCAUGCAAAGAGCCUGGUAAAGUCCAGGAAGGUUUAAAAGGGCAGGCACCAGGCAACAGCCACCAUAGGAGCGAAAAACAUGUGGAAGCACAAUCACCAAAACAAAAAACGUCUAAAAAGAACAACUCUGAGAAAUCUAAAAGAAAGGAAGAUAAGAAAUCACCUAAAAAGAAGCUCAAUUCAGACAACAAUGAAACCACACCAAAAAGGAAAUUGACAAACAGUGCUAGUACACAAUCUUUUAACCCUACUUCCAAGAAGAAGAGUGCUUUAGAUUACUGUAUAACUCAUAAACCAACCACUGCCUCUCCUGUUUUGAGGCCAACAGAAGAAGAAUUUAAGGACCCAAUCAAGUAUUUGCAAUCGGUGCAGCCUUCUCUCAAAAAGUAUGGCAUUUGCCUUAUUGAGCCCCCUGAGAGCUGGAAGCCUGAAAGCCAGCUUCCACCAAACUUGCGAUUCAAUAGUCAGCGUCAGUUGGUACAUCGUUUAAAAGAGAGAUGGGGUCCAGUAGAGAUCAAACUUGCUUGUAUUGAGAAGCAUCUCAAGCAACAGGGGAAUCCGGAACCUCUCAAGCAGAUGCCUCAGAUUGGUGGCAUGGAUGUUGAUCUGCUUGAGGUAUCACGCAUCAUGGCAGAGUUUGGAGGAAUGCAAAAGGUGAUCGACGCAAAGAAAUGGGGCAAGGUGGCGGACACCCUUCGAAUUCCAAAGACGGCUCAAGAUCGGAUUGGCAAGCUUCAGGAUGUCUAUUGUAGAUUCCUGCUUUCCUACGACCUUCUUUCUCAGGAUGAAAAGAGCACCUUGGAAGAACAGGUUAAGAGCGAGGUUCAAGAUAGGUCAACAAGAACAGAUGCUGAGAAAGAGUCACAGUUUGUGAAAAAGGGUAAAUAUCACUCCGCCGUGUCUUUCCAGCGUGUGGCACGCAACACACAGGAACACUUCUUCAAAACACAGCCAUCCGCGGCAGAUGUCGAGAGAGAGUAUUGGCGGAUCAUUCAGUCACGUGAUCGUUACGUGUCGGUCGAACAGUGUAGGGUGGACACGGGAGAGCAAGGGUCAUGCUUCCCAGUUGGAAAGAAUAAUCCCUACUCUAAGUCUGGCUGGAACCUGAACGUCUUUCCUCGACUCAAAGGAUCAAUUCUUAGACACGCUGCGAACGUGGAAGGCUUGUCUUUACCGUGGCUAUCGAUUGGCAUGGUGUUCUCAACUGACCGCUGGAAGGUGCACCCGCUUCAGAUGUACACAUUGAGCUAUCUUCACACUUCUGCCGACAAAGUCUGGUACGGUGUUCCAGAGGCGGACGUUGCCAAAUUCCCAGGCUCUUUACGACCCUCCCAGGCCGACAUCCACGAUGGCAAAGACUCCAUGGUGUCGCCCUCUAAUCUGCUUAGAGAGACAGGUCUCACGGUGACACGGCUUGUUCAGAAACAGGGCCAGUUCGUGGUCGUCUCUCCCAAGGCUUAUCACUGUAGCAUCAGCAGUGGGUACUCCAUAUCUGAGUCUGUCGCCUUCGCUUUCCCUGACUGGCUUCUUGGGAUGCGUAACUUGCCCAAGGAUGUGCUCGAAGAUUGGCCUUCACUUCCAAUCGAACAGAUGGUCAUCGCCCUCUCUGAAGAGGCGCAGAGUUUGAGUCAAGAUGUGAUGGAACAUUUACUUAAGGAGCUGAUGGACAUAAGAAAAAAGGAGUGUUCCUUGAGAAAUGAACUGAACAGACUUGGUGUAAAGCAUGAAAAAUGUAUAGCCUCAGUCAAGGGAAGCAAGAACAAGAUGAAUACGCUGCAAGUUGAUGGCUGUAGCCUGUACUGUGAACAGUGCGAAAAACUGUGUCAAAUCUCAGCGGUUAUGUUCAAGGACGAAGGGGAGGCCCUGUGCCUGGGGGACGCAGUAGACCUGCUACGCAAGGAUCCUGACCGCCCUCAGGACCGACACAUCGUCUCAUGCUUCAGUCUGAGCCAGAUAGAUGAUAUCAUCGGUAGUGUCAAGGAUAGACUCCAACAACUGCGCUCAAGUUGACGCAAGCGAGUGCAUAGCUCGAUACUGCUUAACUAGAACCUAGCAUACUUCAAAUUGACGCUAGAAUAAUCAUACGCCCAUAGAUUCACUUAAUUGACGGCUUCGGUUGCGCCUUCACUGCGUCAAGCCGAACACAUGUACACACAGUUUAGAUAUACAGUGAAUGCUAGCCAAGCUGACGCCAAGAGAGACGAGACCGGAGACCGGUUUAGGUCCUUGUAUCUUAUAAAAUUUAAAUUAGGAGAACAGCUGAUAUAGGAGAGUUCUCGCUCGCUUUCGUUUACCGCUCAGGGGUGGAAUUUGCGGGCGAAGCCUUGUGUAAUUAGACCUCGAUUUUCUCACAUCCAAAGCGCCUUCCUUAGAACUGCAAUAUAAAAGGGCUUUCCUUGCCCCCUUUCGGCUGAAUAUAACUUCAAGAUGACAACACGCCGUAACAUUGCUUCGGUAGUGAGACGUUUUAGUUAGGUUAUCGAUAAUAAUUUGAACUAAUUUUUACUGCACAUUCCUGCUCUUUUGGUGGGUUAUUUAUUGUUAGUAGCCAAGAGAAAAUAAACCGAGCAAACGAGAAGAAAAGCGCCUCAAAAAUUGAGUUUGGGUUUCGCUCCUCGUGGGCAAACAAGACACGCUCGACUGAACUCCGGAGCUCCGCACCGCGUAGCAGUUUACUGACAACUGAGCCUUUCGUAGACCUGGGCCAGGCCUUUUUCUAGUGCGGGUCAUUGUUUUAUUCGAAAAAGGUUAUGAAGAUGUCACAAUCAUUGUGAAAUUGCCACCUUCCUCAACAUAGCUUGUUUAUAUCCCAUCGGUGCACCAUCGUCAUAGCACGUCAUGUUUUUCUAAUGUAUUCUUGUGUUAGAAACGCUGAAGAUUUUGCACAUGUAGUAAAAUUAUCCAGCCAAGGUCCCAGGCCUUUUUACCCGGGUUACUGAUCGGGUUUCCUGUGGCUGGUAAGAGUUAUGACGUCACAGGAACCCGUCUCCCCUGAACUUCUAUGGCUGGGAUCGUCCUAGGCACCAGGCUGCCUCGCGGUUUAUCUCCAGUGGGAGGAAACCUUGUAAGAAUCCCUGGGAUUUGGCUGGUGUACUUCCAGAUAACACUUGAUAAGCUUUUAAAUUGUGUUGAAUUCCAUCCUAAAGAAAUAUUAGGGACCGUAAGCACGGACGACGGCUAGGACAACGCGAUCGAAAAUUAUGCUUUCGAACGUGGCGAUCAAUAAUAAUUUAAUUGCAACGGAAUAAGCAAAACAUUAUAGUCAGAGACAGAUAAAAAUAAACUAAGGACAUAAUUUCUACAGCAUCGCACGUAUUUAGUGGAGUUUACACUGCAAACGUCCGCGUCCUCAAUUGACCGUGAAACUUGGAGUUUUCACGUCGUGGUUUUAUGAGUAACGGCUGAAAUGUAUCAGACAGAACGCAUUUCCACGUGCUGCUAUUGAAUUCUGAAUGAAAUCCCAUUGUUUUCUGCCGUCGGCGUCCGCGUUGCCGUCGUCGUUGCUUAAGGUCCCUAUAAAUUUUCUUGGGAACAACUGCUCGUUGGAAGGUUCCACGCAUUGGCUCUACGUUGUACCACAGCCCGUUUUCUUACGCUGUAUAUUAAGAUAUUGUGUUUAGAUAAAAUACUCAAACACUGGC